AACGUGGCGAUUCGCCGGAACUCUAGAAGGCUGUCAAUCGCUCAACCUACCGAGUGGUGAAACAGCCAAUACAAUCUACGACACAUAAACCCUGGUUGCGGAUCAUUUGCUCUUAUUUCCACCCUUAUCACAACCACUAUUUCAACCUCAGGCCUCCCCACCACCCCACUCGCUUUGAUUCAAAGGACAAUAAACAUAUUCAAGACAUUGCGAUUGGGGCGACAAAGUCAUUUAUAUACCCUGACACCUGUCUGUCGACAUCGAACUAUGGCAGGCUCCGAAGUAAAUGAAGACACACCUCUACUCCGUCGCUUCUCCACUCCACCAGUCUUUACCCAGUCUGGAUAUUCUGAACACAUGUCUGACAAGACAAAUCUCGAGUCGCAAUAUAGCACAUCUUCUUACACUUCUCCCUUCUCCACCAUGUCCACAAAAUCUGAAGACUCCUCCCGCCCACCACGAAUGCCCCAAGCAAUAGCCCACCGCGGCUACAAAGCAAAAUACCCCGAAAACACCCUCGCCGCCUUCGCCGGAGCAAUUUCCAUAGGCGCCCACGCCGUCGAGACAGACGUCCAUAUAACAAAAGAUGGCGUGGUAGUCCUCUCCCACGACAACACACUAAACCGUUGUUUCUCCCGUCCAGAAAAGAUCAUAGACUGUGAUUGGGAAUUCAUAGCUCCAUUGCUCACAACAGAGGAGCCCAAGCAGCAUAUGCCACGUUUACAAGAUUUACUCGAAUUCCUGGCCGCGGAAGAGAGGAAGCAUGUUUGGGUCUUGCUGGACAUAAAACUGGAUAAUAAUCCUGAAGACAUCAUUCGUCUCAUCGCCGCCACUAUAACUUCCACACCCGCUCUGCCCUCUCACCCUUGGAGUCAACGAAUUGUUCUAGGUUGCUGGGCUGCAAAAUAUGUCCCCCUGGUUGCAGAAUACUUGCCAGGGUUUUCUUGCACACAUAUUGGCUUUUCCCUCUCCUACGCCCGUCAAUUCCUGCAUCAGAAGAAUGUAGGCUUCAACAUGCUCCUCCCCAUCCUGAUGGCCCCCGGCGGCAAAAAUUUCCUUCACGACGCCAAAAAAGCACAAAAACCAAUAUUAGCAUGGACGGUCAACCAAGUGCGGAAAAUGGAAUGGUGCAUCCGAAGAGAACUCGAUGGUGUGAUAACAGAUGAUCCGAAACUUUUCCUCGAGGUAUGCAGGAAUUAUGAUUCAAAAGCAAUGGAAAGAGGAUUGAGUUGGAGGGAGUGGGUGGAUGUGUUGAGGUUGUGGGUGUUGGCGACGAUAUUUGGGUGGCUGUAUAGGAAUAGAUUUGCAGGGAGGACGAGGAGUCAGGUGCAGGUUGUGUGACUCGGGGCUGAUGGCUGGAGGGUGAGGGAGAAGAUGGAUUGAGAUAUUGGAAGGAUAUAUUUUUCUUUUGGCACUUGCAUUUGCCUGCGUUACAAGGAGCAUCUUGGGGUAAUGUCAUUGCAUUGGCGCACGAAGC